AUGACCCAGGAUCUGGGGAGGUAUCUUGAGGUGCCGGUCUUGCACGGCCGGGUCACAAAUAAAACUUUCCGUUAUAUCAUUGAUCGCAUUGACCAACGUCUUGCAGGUUGGAAAGCCGAUAACUUGUCUCUUGCAGGUCGCGUCACGUUGGCCAUGUCAGUGCUGAACGCGAUACCCUCGUACAUUAUGCAAACUGCGGUCUUGCCGGCAGGGAUCUGUGAGUACAUUUACCAGAAAAUUCGGGCGUUCGUCUGGGGCUCUCAAGAGGGAAGGCGACGCAUCCACCUAGUCAAUUGGGAAACCGUGUGCCUCCCCAAGGAUCAGGGCGGGCUGGGACUAAGAAGUGCUCGGGCUCUUAACACAGCUUACUUCCUCAAGCUAGCCUGGGGUAUCCUUAAGAAGCCGGAGGAGCUCUGGCUGUGGAGGGGGGUUCGGAGGGCCUGGAAUCUCUUGCUUGAGGGAGUGAGGUGGAGCGUCCGAAACGGCAACAACACGCUGUUCUGGCAAGAUAAAUGGGUGGACAGCGGAAUGGUCUUGGGCGAGCAUAUGUUGCCCUCGGCCAGAGAUAUCAACGUACAAGCUUCGGUGGCCAGUAUGCUCAACUCAGUAGGUGAGUGGGACACGGAGUUCCUGACUACUUCCUUACAAGCGGAUGCUCUUUUGCAGGUCUUAGGUAUGCCGCCGCCGAAACCGGAACUAGGAGAUGAUGAGCUUGUUUGGGGACUAGAUCAAAAGGGAGAGUUCACACUGAAAACAGCCUACCAACUCGUGGCGGAGAUAGACGGAGAAGACGCGCAGCAGGGGUGGAAAGGAGUCUGGAAGUGGCCGGGACCAAAUCGGGUCUGGUCCCAGGCGCUCCCUUCGGCGAUUAGCGCUUCGGACAACAGAGAUUUCAACAGCUGGUUUAUGCAUCAUCUGACCAGCCCCGAGACCCAGGUUCGAUUUGGUUUCACUUUAUGGUUCCUCUGGCGUUCGCGGAAUGAUUACAUUUUUUCAGCCAUCGAGGAAGAACCCAAUAAGCUUACGCAAAAGAUCCUGGCCUGGGAGACCAUUGCGCAUGAUGGCAGAGCAGCGGAACAAGCUAUAGCACUGGGGAGGUCGGGGCUGCGUCGAGACGUGGCCGUGGGGUGGAGACCGGCCCCGACAGGAUGGAUCACAGUGAACUCUGAUGGCUCGUUAUUACGACCGUUAGAGUCCACCGCUGCAGGAGGAGCGCUCAGAGACGGGCAGGGUCGCUUAUUGGGGUCUUACUCGAUGAAUCUGGGAAAAUGCUCAACCACUCGCGCGGAGCUAUGGGGGGCCAUCCAGGGGCUACAGAUGACGUGGGACCUUGGCCACAGAAAAGUCGAGCUCCAGCUUGACUCCAUGACCGCGGAGCGGGAUUGGGAGCUUCAGAUUAGUCACAUAUACAGGGAAGGGAACUUCCUUGCAGAUCACUUGGCUCACCUUGGGCAUUCGCUUCAGCCAGGAACUUUUGUGUAUAAUCCCACCGAUAGCUAUAUUACUCAUUGGACAUUGUAUGACUCUGUGGGCGGAUUUACUGUUCGUUCAAUUAUUUAA